UUGUGGUAGAUAGUGUGGUUAGGUCAUCAACGCAUAGCUGCUACGAUGCAGGCUGUGAGACGCCUGUCAGUGAGGUGUAGGAGCAGGCCUGGCUCCUUCCAUGUCUCCUUCAUAGGAGAAGCACAGGCCUGCUCAGCACUUUGUUGCUGCAUUGGAACAAAUGAGCACAAAAGGUGAAACCAUGAGGUGCAUGCACACAAAGGCAGCCACUCAGAUGGAAAUGGCAUCGUGACGUGUACUCUGAUACACAACUGUGUACUCAGGACAAGAGUUCUCUCAGCCUCGCACACUGUGAGUCACUUGCAAUUUCAAGUUCUGGGAUGGAGUCACUCUUUUUUUCCAUAAACUGGUUUUAAAAGUGAUUAGAGGAACUAGUAAAGAAGAAUGACUGAACCAUCUACUAAGACAAUCUAGAUUUAUGUUUUACAGAGUAGGCAUGCAUCAAAGAAGUUAGCUUAAUAUUUCAAUCGAGAACUUGGGAAAUGGAAGAAUUUCUGUUUUAACUUGCCAUAAUAAAAACACAUAACCAACUUUUGCCUGCAUAAAGCACUACAAACAGGAAAAAGGACUCUGCUGUAGGAAAGCAUUUGGAUUUAUUCUGACUUUCCUUCACAUAAAACAAGGACAGAAUGACAACAGUGACAAUCUAAUGCAUAAUGAAAUUUACCAAAUGGAAUUUUAUUUUUUUAGUUGCUGGAAUUAUAGUUUACACAGCUGAUAUUGGAGUGGAUUUCUGGGUUGCUAGUAAAUAUUUCUAUGAGGGACAAUAUUGUUGGGCUAUUCUGAUACUCUGUUUUAGAAGCCUUUCGUCACUAAUAACUCAGAUAUUCAGUUAUCAAUGGUUUAAAAAUGACUGGAAAGGUACUGCUCCUGGGAAGCUAGAUUGGAUCUUUCUAGUUCAUUUCUUUCAAUGUGGAAUUUUUAUAAGAUAUUGGUUUGCCUUGAAGUAUGGUUGCCAAGCUGCUUUUAGACAAGACAGCAUUGGAGAUGUAUCAAAACCAGACCCUCCCAACAUCAUUCAGAAACAAGCUAUUGAUGUACUGACUGAUAUUAACAUGCUCAGGGUAUUCAAGACUUUUCUUGAGACCACACCACAGCUCUUUGUUCAGAUUUACAUACUCAUGGAACACAACAAUCAUAAUUUCUAUCAACAUGCUGCCAUUAUUAUUUCAUUUUGUGGUAUUUCCUUUUCAAUGGUUGAUUAUCAAAUAUCACUACGAAAAUCUCUCCCUGAUAAAGAGGAACUGCAAGUGCUUCCCAAGUUAGUGUAUCUCUUCUAUAAACUGUUCACCAUCACUUCUUGGAUACUCAGUAUUUCACUGGUCACUGUACUAAGUGUUAGAAGUUCUAUAAUUCUGCUGAUACUUCUUUGGAGCUGUGGCUUUGCCUGGACUUUGAAACAGCACACAACAUUUUGCAAAUCCAAGGAGAUGGAGUAUCUGUACAGAACUGUUGUUGGAAUCAUUCUACUUUUUACUUUUUUUAACAUAAAGGGGAGAAAAACAAAAGCUUGCAUUUCUAUUUAUUAUGCUACUCACACCCUUGUAACUGUAGGUAUUUUGCUUGUAUAUUUGUUUUGGAAACCUGCUGUUAUCAAGGAAGUACAUCUUACAAUUGUGAGCAUCUUAACUAUUCUCAGUCUGGUGUUAGGUAUUAUUUUUCUUGCUGUUUAUUACAAGUAUUUUCACCCCACUACUUAUUGCAAGCAACAGACAUUUUUUGAUGAAGUUGAUAGAAGGGGAGGAGACAACAUGGAAGCUGGUAGAUUUCAAAAUUUCAUAAUGCAAUGAGCAGUGUAGGUUUUGGUGUAGAUUGCAAAGCAAACACUUGCUGCAGAGUGUGCUUCUCUGCCUUUGUUUCUUAUGUAUUUUUAUGAAGCAGCACUGGAAUUAUUGGCUCUGAAUAACUUUUCCAUGAUGUUAUAUAAAGUGCCUUUAUAACAUGAAUAUUUUUCUAUGUGCUAGUCAGUGUUACUUUUUAAAAGGAAUCUAUUUAUGCAUCUGACCCAAUUCACUGUUUACUUUUUAGCAGUGCAAAUAAAACAUAGGAAAACUAAAAGCAGGUCAAAUGAAAGUUAGCAUUACCAAUGUAUUCUGUAUAUUUAUGUUAAUUCUGUUAAAAGCAAGGCUUAAUUUUCUUGCUGGAAGGAAGUGUAUUUGAAAUAUUGAGGGGUGAUGAUCUGUGAGCUGGCUGUUUCUUCCCAUUACUGUAAGAGUUGCAGUUUUUAUAUAGACAAGCAUAGAUACAAACCUCACUGCCUUCUCCUUAAACAUCCCAUGAAGAAGAAUAGGUUUGAUUUAUGACCUAAUCACUGUCAUGCUACAAGAAAACAUGAGGAGUUAUUUUAAAGCAUUUUAUCUUCUAGGUGUUUUAAUGACUCCUUUAUUGCUUUUAUUCUGCUAAUCUUUCACACACCCUUUAUUUAGGAGUGAUGCCAGUUUGUUGUUCUGCACUAUAAUAGCAGCUUGAGUGAUUUAUUGACAGCAAUACAUGUCUCAGGAAUAAAGGAAGAACUAUCUUCCUUGAAGCUUUCCUAUCCUCUUGAGCUCCAGGAUACGAUACUUAAAUGCUGGUUUCCAUUGAAGGAGGAAGUUAUGCAAGGUAUGCAGUGAUACAGCUUCUUUAGUCUUUGUCACCAGCCACAGCUUUUUCAGAAAUGAAACCUUAGGUGAAGUCUCUCAGAGCUGAUGAGUUUUACAUCUGAGUUAUGAAAAAUGGGCUUCUCUCCUCUGAUAAUUCACAUUUCCAAUUUGCAUAGCCAGAGGCAAAGGGAGGAAACAGUGCUUGAAAAGGAGACUAGAGAUAAGCACUGCUGAUAAACUUUGCCAGGAACAAAAUCUGUUAGAAUUAUUGAUUGACAGCAAACAUCUCUUAAACUCUGGGGGAGGGCUGAUGCUUCGGUUGACACUUUGGGUGCUGAAGAGUUGUUUUCUGUGCCUUUUGUCCAGACUGCUGACUACCCUGUGACUAUUACUCUUCCAGCCUAAGCAGAGCUCAGUGAAGUUUCUAAACGUUCCCUUCCUGUUGUAUUGUCAAAUAAUUGCCUUCACAGUUGUCUUCACAACACCAACCCCAUUUACAUCUCUAUAAUCCCAUUUGUGGAAAUUAAUUUCUAAGUGCACAGCACGGACUGCAUCAUUUGUCUUUCUGAGGCUGCACAUGAAAAAGCAGUGUAUUAUAAAGAGAUUACUUCUGAAAAUUCCUCAUCUCCAACUUAAAAAAAAAACAACAAAAAACCAAAACCACAAUCCAUGAGACUUGAGCAAUACUUUUCCUUAAAUAAAUAUAUCAACCAACACUUCUUUCUACUCUGGAGAAGGGAUUUAUUUGCCAUGCAAGUGCUGCAAGAGGAAUAGAAAAGGCAUAAGGCAUAAAUGGCAUCCUUCUGCGUAUACCAUGUUUAUCCCAAGUUUCAUCUCCAUUCUCAAUGGCACAUUUAUUACUAGUGCUGGUGCUUUGGCAGCAAAAUACAUGGUUUUAGUAUGAAUAUACUACUCUUUUUCUACAAUAAAUAAAUAAAUAAAUAGGAUCCUAAAUAAUGAAGACUAAAAUUCCCUUAUUUGUCUACGCUUUUAUUGUUUGCUCAUCUGAAAUCAUGAGAAGGGACUACGGAAAGGUAGGGUAGGAAACUAAGAAAAUCAUCUUGCAGAAAAAAUACUUUUUUUUUUUUCCUAACUACUACUUGGAAGACGACCUCAAAUCUUGCACAUUAUCUGGGAAGCAGAUCUCUGGGGAAACAUGAGCUUCUGAGAAACUGAGCAUCAGACUUUCAGCCCUGGGGCCUCCAGGUUGUCUGCCUGCUUGCCAGAUGCUAGAAACGUGGAGCCUGAGUUGUGCUGGAGGAAGGUUAGUUUAUGCUGAAACAAAGCAAACUUGUCCUAGUGACUUUUUUUUCCUCCCUUUCAGCAAACUGACAAAUACCAACUGAAAGUAUUUCAUUGUCAUAUCUCUAUCUGACUCUUAACACUUUUUUUUUUCCAUGAAAGUAAAAGUGUACGGUGCGCUGGCUUCUAUUGCUCCCCUUUUGCAUUCUCCUUAGGUCUCAUCAUUCCCUCUUCUGAGCUACAGAAGAGGAAUGCUAUAUGGAAGUUAAUUUGGCAACAAAGGGAUCUAUGUCAUAGUUUAUAUCACACUAGCACACACACCUUAUACUUAACUUUAAUUCCCCAUUUUAUGCUUGUGUGUUCUUGGGGAUCUAAGUUCAUUCUUAUUCUAAACUUCGGAACAGAUCCUUUGGAAAGCCAUACAGGUUCUUUUCGUAAAGCUUAAACAGAUCUUUGGUACCCUACCAAAGAUACCAAAAUGAAAAAAAUCUCCAUUUUGCCACUAUCAGUCAGAUGACCUUGAAGAAAAGUGAAUUCCUGUCAGGAUGUCCCUUGUAGACUUUUUUUUCCCCCACAGUUUGAAUAUCCCCCCUUUCUUCUUGACCUUACAUUCAAUAUUUUCUCUUAAUCAAUGAAUUCAAUGACUUUGAGUACAUUUGGUCAUCCUAAUUCACUGUAGCAGGGAGAGGGAAAGGCAAGAAAGCAUAUGGAUUGGUUAUAGACACAUUUCAUGCCAUCAGAGGCCAUUCAGUCAAAACAAAUAAACCCCCACUUCACCAAGGUGUAAAGUUCAAACAAUAGAUAUUACACACGUUCUUUCUGUUCCCUGACUACUCUUAAAAUUCAGCUGCCACUCAGUUUAUGCAUUGUGCCUGACCUUGUCAUUUUAAUCUAACUGCAAAUUGAAAACAAAUGUUUUUUCUUUCUUUUUUUAAAAGAAAUUUUUUUAGGUCCAUUACAUCUUACAAGAAGUAUUUUAAUAAGUUAAAUAAAAAUAAUAAGCAAUUUCUUCCUGUUUUGACUACUGUCAGGCCUGAGUGAGAGGGACAACAUUCAACAGAAUUGUUUUAAUUAUCCUACUAAUAUUCAAUGUGGCAUUUGAUGGCAUUGGUGAGCUCACCUGAUGUACCACAGAUAGCACUGAUUUAUGAAGCCAUAAUUGGGGUUCCAAUAAACAUUUGUCAAAAUAAUGUAUUCAUUCAAACCAAAGUCUUCUUUAUUUAUUCGUAUAAAAGAGCACUUAACUUUCAACAAAGAAUUGCCAGCCAUCAAAAACACUCCAUAAACAGAGGAAAUUUAUGAAGACGCAGUACCAGAGGGUGAUCAGUGAAAGACUAAAGUUCACUUUAACCCUUCAGGGUGCUCCAUUCUGCCUCUUCCUUGUUAUUUGGACUGUACAUAUUUCUUCCUAAGAGCCCCAAGCCCAGAGGUUAACCUUUGCAUAUUUACACAUUCAAAGUACUAGACCUCUUUUCUACCAUAGUCUUACAUCACAAAGACUCUUUCAAACCUAUGAUCUUUCAUUUACAUUGUAUGGUAUAGAAGUAUGUAUGCAACACAAAGGUAGUUGGUUUUAGACUUACCAACAUUUUUGCCUGAACCUGAAGCAAUGUAUGUAUUUGUAUUUAACUCCAGCUGAAUAAUUUUCACAUUCUCUCUCUCUCCACUCUUCUGUAUUUCCUUCCUAUCAGUUUAGCUUAAUUUUAUAGAUUUUUUUUUUUGUAGAGUGAUAGCAAAAUAGUGGGGCUGUACAACUGAUAAUUGAAUGAAGUGCAGAUAUCCCCUUAGGAUCCAUCUUCUUCAGAUUUUUUUGUUUUGUUUUUAAUCUCCAGAUGUCUAGCAUAUAACAAAUAGGAGUCAGUGAAGAUUCCUUCUAUGAGAGCCUUACAUUUAUCAGCUUAGCAAGAAUGCACCUUUUUAGGUUAAGGACUAGCACUUUAAACUUUCCUUAACCUGACAACUGUUGAAAUAACAAACUGCACUGGCCUUUUGAUAUUAUGUGUUGUAGCUAGGUUAUGCAUGCGUUUCUAUUUUCAGGAACAUUUUUAUUUUUAAGUACACACAUUUGUAAAUAGUAGAGCAGAAUAAGGAAGUGUAGUAAAGAUUUUAGGUGAACACUCAUGUCUUAGUUAAAUGAUAUAUUCCGAUUUCACCAUUCUCAAUAUACAGUCUUCAUUAUUAUUGUCACUGUUACUGGCACUUUGUCUAGGAGUCCAGGAUAACAAGAAAGAACUUAUGUCUAUUGGAAUGAGAAUGUAACGAAAAGUUGCUAGUAAAGUCUUCUGGCUCAGCACAUAAGUGAUCUUAAGUCUCUCUGAUUAAACACAAGUAUUUUUUUCUUAAAGUGGACAUACAGACACAUUGGAAAAGAGAGCUAUCUAUUUGGUUCUGUGGGAAGUAGAUGAAUCAAGUCUAAAUAUCCAUGGACAAUUUUUGGCUGCUGUGAUAGAAAAAUAAGUUCCAAAUCUACAGGCUUGGAGGUCACUUUUAAGCAUGAAGUUGGAUAGGAUGACAUGCCGAACAGUCAACAUGAACUAAGUAGCUUUCAGUAUUAUUCCAUGUAGCAUGCUCCAUGCAUUAGAUCAAGCCUAAUGUCUGUUGUAUUGUAGAGUAGGAAGGGACCUCAGAUGUCAUUUUAUAGUUUGCUUGUCCCAAAGCAGCACCAUCAUGCCAAUCUUGGUAGAAGCCUUCUGACUUGUUUGGAAAAAUAUAACAUCCCAGGUAAUCUCCCCUAGAUCUUUGUCAGAAGCCUGCUACAUCAAUUUCCCAUUAACUAGAGAGGGAACGCUGCCUACUAGCUUUUUCAGAUAGGUAAUGUUAGGUGAGAAAUCAAUGUUCUUAGAGUAAUUCUAUUACAUACAGCAGAACUGCAGGCAGCAAAUCAUGUCUCUCUUCGAGUUGUCUAUAUAGGGAGAACAGGGAUAUCCGUUCACUUCUUCUACCACUGAAAAGCUUAAAACUGAAUGAUGAGAAUACAUCUUUCUCCUAUAGACAGACUUUUCUGAAGUGUUGAGAUCUCUUGAAUUUUACUUGCUGCUUUUGCUUAACACAUUGUAUUUAGCAAUCUCAAUUGCUUAUUAAAUCCUUUGGACCAUUUCUAAAGACAGUUUUAAAAUAAUUAUCCUUCCUCUGAACUCAGAAUUAAUGUUCCAGGUUAGUAAGCAACCAUAUAAAUUUCUUUACAGUUAAAAAUACAUCAAGUUGUACUAGAUUUUGCUUAGGUAUAAAUUGCCAAUAUUAUCCUAAAAUACUUUCUCAGUUGAGAAGAAAAGUGAAAGAACUUAUUCCAAAGCAAAUUCUCUUUGCAUUCUCCACCAUGGCACUGACAACACAAUCUUAACUGAGUACGACAUUAUAGCUUGCAAAGCUAAAGGCAAGUAAUGAGCACAAGGGAAGGCAGGAUAUACCACAAUGUGGAUAAAGUUCUUUAAAAAUGACUUAAAUGACACUAAAAAUUUGCAUUGGCUAAUGAGCUUGAGCUUUGGGAACCAGUUAUUUUAAUCAACAGUUUUUUUUUUUUAAAAAAACAGCAACAUAAGCCAAGUUUCCCCCCCUCCUCCCCAAGUCUCCUGUCCACUUCCACUGUUCUUUUCAACAGCUUAGUGAGUUUUAUGAAAAGAAAUAAACAAGGUAGUUCCAAACUGUGGGGGGGGGAAAAGUGGUAUCAAAUUUUAAUUAGUGGCUUAAUGUCUAUAAUUAUAGUAAGACUUUAACAAUAAUUGUAGCUAUCACUAAUUUAUGCCUUUGAAAAAUGAAAACCCCAAAACCCCCCUCCAGCUUAUGUUCUCUCUCAAAUAUUUAUAUUAUGUAGUCAGCAUUGUAAUUCAGCCAGUUAGUUGUGGUCUUCCUCAGUCUGGAUGAACAACAAAAGUCUCAAAUCAUGUUUUGGUAAUGAGGGAUUGUGCACGGGAUAACAGAAGUAAAUAACUCACAAGCCUUUUCAAAGGCAGUAGCUUCUCACCCACCAAGCAGGGCUGGGCCUGUGGGGUUCAGCAGUUAAAGUGCUCUAUGUGAAAGAUGGAUGGCGACUUGUUUUCUACUUCAUGGCUUCUUAAGCUUAGCUAUUUUGGGAAAGGAUGGAGCAAGUUUUCAGCUCAAAUGCUUCAUAGAAAAGUAACAGAAUCCCAUGAAAAACACUAAGCCUCCCACUUCCAGCUUCAAUUUGUCAAUAAGAUGAGCAGAACCAGUGACUGUCAGAGUAACAAUUUGCUGUU